GAGGUGCUUAAUGUCAGGGAAUUCUGCUGGUUGAUAUUUUCGUUUCUCUCAUAAACAAAGGUCUGAAAGAGCGAAUGAAAAAUUUGACGGGUAGGCAGUGCCGCAUAGUUCACUCGCGAAUGCACGUAGAGCCAACCCACAUCUGACUCUGAGUGCGGAAGAACAAAAAUGUCAAACCUGUGACGUAAGACCGCGUUUACGAUUGCAGUUCGACGGGACCCUUGUAAAUGAAUUCCAUUCGUAAGGAAUUACGGUGUAAACUCGUGAUCAGACUGGUUAUAUAGUAUAGACGAGAAGAACUGGUCCAAAGAGGAAGUUUUCACAAAGACGGAAUUACUAAACUAAUGUAAACAUUUUCUUUUUACAUCUCCUAAACUUUGUGUUCAUUGUGUUUCGCCCACUUCAACUUCAGGAUCUGGCCAGCACAGGACACUAUGAUGUCGUACAUGAGAACCCUGCUCGUGUUCGCCGUCCUGUGCGCUCCGACGUCCAGCAUCUGCUUCAGGCUAUACGAGAGCGAACUGAACUUUCUGUGUAACAACGACGUUCUCUCUGGAGCCAAGAAGAACGAGCUGCCGAACGACUCGCAAUCAGAUGAGCGAGGCUUCCUCUACCUGCCCGAAGACAAUCUCUCUUCCGUGGAAACCCGAGAGAAAAGGACGUUUCCCGCCUCCAGAUACAAGUACAUCACCCAGACGCAGCUGAGAGGGAAGAUGUUCCAGAACAGCGCUAAGAGCGAUCGACGGAGCAAGUUCACCCUCUCCCUCGACGUCCCCACCAACAUCAUGAACAUCCUCUUCAACAUUGCCAAAGCUAAGAAUCUGCGCGCCAAGGCGGCAGACAACGCGCGUUUGAUGGCACAGAUUGGGAAAAAAUAAUUUCAUCACUAUGAAAUUGUGCACAGUAUCUUUAUAUUAUUCUGUUAUUAGUUCAUAUAAAACUCACACGUGCAGCUGCCAGUCUUCAACUUCACUUGUUUAAAUUAAGCUUUACACACUAACUUUCAAUGCUUCAUAAGUAAGCAAUAGUAAAGUCCCCGCACCUGGCGAAAGCCCAGUGAUUGCUGUAAUAUGUUGUUGUUUCCAUUUGUUACUUCCUUUAUGAAGCGCAAUAGCGCUUAAAAGCAAACAAACACCCUUUUCCGCUGUGAUUUUGAAGUAAUAUAGCCUACAUUUGGCGGUAUCAAGCGUAUGCUCUUGAAUUUGAAGACAUCAUUUUUUGUUAUCUGCUUGAAGCUAUCAUCUUUGCCGGACAGUUACUUUUGCAACGAAUUCGAGUACAUAUCCGAGUUUGUAUUCAGUUUUUGUAUUCGGUAUUUUUGUUUGUGUAUAUGCACUUUUUGUUGAUUUAUCCAAAUGGGCUAAGCAUAUGAGGUUUGGCAGACUAGAAUUCUUCUAAUACAUGCAAUUUAGAUUGAAUAACCUCAUAAAUAUUGUAUGGAACCCACAUAUUAGAAAUACCUACUUAUAUUUUGUAUAUUUUGUUCUGAAUGAGCUUUAUGUAUGACCCCCUGUAUUGGGAAGAAAUAUAUAUUCAGAUGAAUAAAACAGGGUACAUUUUUAAGUUCCCCAGAUUCUGAAGGAUUAAGAAUACUGUGCUUGUAAGCAGAAUAGACUGAAUCUUUUAUGAAUUCCCAUAACCGUUAUCUCCAUUAACGAUGUAUGUUGGUCUACUGCAUGAUAUGCUGCAGAAUGUAAACUUUACAGUUGAGAAUCUUGUGACAUGUGAACAACUUUUAGAAACAGUUUUCUGUGUUUUACCCAGUCAGGUUGAGAAUUGGUGACAAAACAAACCCAUAAUAAAAGAAAAUUAUUACUUUCAUAAAUAAAGACGUUUUUCUUUUAACAAUUCUCUUAGUAUCAAAGAAUAUAGUUCUGCCUUUUCUGAGUCUUCACUAUAGCUCAUUCCCUGUUCUGUUAAUUUAUACAUUUAUACAUUUUUUGUUCAUUUUCAUCAAGGUUGCUAAUAUUCUGGACCUGACUGUACAGCUGUUUUCUAGGGGUUUGUAUCCAAAUAUAAUUGUGCACUUGGGAAAUAUGUAUUGAAAGCCCUGUACUGACAUUGUAACAUAUGAGUUAAUUGCAUACUUUGUAAAUAUCAACUUUGCUCUGUGUCUCUGUGGAAGAAAUCAGUAUUGCAUAUAUCAAAUACAUGCUACUGUGGUUAUCUCAACAAAUGUACUGCAAAAAUAUUUUUAUAUUCAAAGUCAUUAUUUUUUCUGUAAUAAAUUAACGCAGAUGAA